CUGUAUAUGUACUAUACUUUCUUUCUUGUUCUUUGAUUUCUCUACUAGAUGGGCUUUUUCAUAAUUAUCUAGAAACCAAUAUUUCUUGAAAGUUCAAUCAAUAUAUACUUACACUUGUAUGCAUAUUUUCAACUAUAUAUGGAUCCUGCUUUAAGUUUCAACUCUGGAUUCAAGGCUUUUGCAUCUGAUGAAUCUCUUUCAACAUUUGUUAAAGAUCAAAUGGGGUCAAUUGAAAUGGGAUGGGAAGUCAAACCAUCAUUUAUAUGUGGAAAUAACAACAUGGGUAAUUUGUUCCAAAAUGAGAUAAACAUUGAGAAUCAAGUAUUUGGAGACAUGGGUUUUCCUCCAAUCAUGAAAAAUCCUCAAGAAAAUGUGUCAAGUUGUGGAAUUGGUCAAUCUAAAGCUAGACAAUCUGAAGAUCUAUUUGAUCUUAAGUUAGGUGGACUUAUUGAUCAAAAUGGUCACAAUUUGAGCCCAUCAGAAAUUCCUAUCCCAUCUAAACGACAACGCGAACGGGGAACCGGAUUUUUGACACCAUUUUGCAAAGUACUUGGUUGCAACAAGGACUUGAGUAGUUGUAAGGAUUAUCAUAAAAGGCAUAAAGUGUGUGAAAUUCACUCAAAGACUCCUAAAGUUAUUGUGAAUGGCAUUGAACAAAGGUUUUGUCAGCAAUGCAGCAGGUUCCAUUUGUUGCGCGAAUUUGACGACGGAAAGAGGAGUUGUCGGAAACGUCUUGCUGGCCAUAAUGAGAGAAGAAGGAAGCCUCAUGGGAGAUUGGUUCCAUCUUAUAACAUUGCUUUUCAAGGUAAUGACUUUAACGGUUCUACAAGGACAAUAUCAUCUUAUGUGAUUCCCAAAAACCUUCAUACUCCAUACCCACAAAAAUUCGACAUGAACGAUAAAAAAGUUUUAAACCGUCAGUCAACUAGUUGCAUUACUGAUGAACAAAUGCAUUUACACUCUUUACCCGUAUGUAACUUUAAACCGAACCCUGGAAUCAUCAAUGGAUUCAUCCGGGCCUCAACUUCGAGUUCUGAGAGUGCUCACUCUCUUCUGUCAUCUCAAUCUUGGACUACUCCUUGUCAAUAUGAACCAAGUCGCGACUAUAUACAAUUGCAUCCGCAUGAUUUGAACCCCAUUCUCGGGUUUGAGGGUACUUUGGUCAACUUAAGAAGUCAUGGGCUGUCCCAAGGGUCGAAAAACAUGACUUAUGAAGACCGGGUUAUUCCAGACGAUGGUUGUACCAUUGAUUUGCUUCAGUUAUCCUCACAACUCGAAAGAGUGGAACAUCAAAAGAGAAAUUCAAGAGUGAACCCUGCAAAUGGUGUUUAUGUUGGCCUUAGCAUUACUUCAGGACAACCAAAGUAUUGUAUGCAAUAAAGUUUCAUUUAUUUCCGUAGAGAAAAUAUGUAUAUAGUUGUCAUUAAAAUUAUUCAUAAUAUGUUCUAAGAACCCAUAAAGAUGGUAAGUUCUUGAUUGUAACAUUGUAAUAAUGUAGCUCAUUAUACUCGUUUUAGUUAUAUGUUUAGACGAGGAUGAUCAGCUUAUAACUAAUGUAGUGUAUGUACUCUUGCAAAUUGCAAUUCUAUUUGUAUGAACCUAUCGGAAAAUUCGAAGGUUGAGUUUAUGAGUA